AUGAGUGUAUCAUUGGUUGCCAAACAACACAAUGAAACUUCAAAUAUUAUAAAUCAUCUAUGUAAAGUAUUAUUACCCAACUAUUCAAUAAAUGAACAAUAUUUACUCAAUUGGCAAUAUAAUGAAUUGUUAGAUUCAACAAUUGAUUUCCAUCAAUUAUCAACUAUAAUAUCACAAUCAGUCAUUUUUGCUUCUCCUGUUGACGAGGAUGACAAUAAUACUGCAAAUCCAAUUGACAAUUUAGAGUAUUCCCAUUUUCAAGAAUUAUGUGAUCAAUUGACCAAACUAGAUGACUCAGAAUAUCAUGAAUUUAAAGUUAUUAUCUAUGAGAUAUUAUUGUAUGUGAUUUCCUUAUCAUAUGAUUUAAAGAUCCAAUUAUCACAAAAUGGGUUUUUGGAAUAUUUAAUUGACUUAUUGUUGACUUAUUUAAAUACAUCAUCAAUUAAUAAAGGAAGUUUACAGCAAUUACAUCAACCGUCAUUAUUAAGUCAAUAUAUCAGAUUGGUGAUCCUGUUUUGUGAAUUAGGAUGUGAUACAAUUCAUCUAAAGAAAUUGAUAACACCCUCACUAUUAUCCAAAUCAAAUCCAUUUGUCAAAUUAAUCCUCCUUGAAUUAUUACAAGAAAUGUUUACUAAAUAUCCCAAUCAUUUUAAAUUUGCAUUAUUUAACAAGCAAACAUGUUUCCCAUUCAGUAAUGAUGUUUUAAAAAAAUCAUUUUCUAUUCAAUCUUGGUUUAAGGUCCAUCAUCAACUACAUACCAAUGAAGAGCCCAUUACCUUAUUUGUAUUAGCAAGUGCUAGUUCCUCCGAUGAUUCCUCCUUUUCAACGACUUUAAAAGUGAAAUUAAUCAAUUAUAAUCAAUUUAUUGUAGCGGUAGAAAAUAACCGUAAUGGAUCUAGAAUGGAAUUCCCAUUCAAUCAACUCCUAAAUGAACAAACAAGCUCAUCUAAUACCAUCACCGCCAACAAUCAAGGCUUUACUCAUUUCGCAUUAACUUAUGACAAUUAUGCUAAUUUGAAUUUAUUUAUAGAUGGAGAGUAUAGUGAAUCAAUACCCUGUCCAGAAAUACACAAAGUACUUUCAACUUGGGAUAAAGUUUAUAUCGGGAAUGAAAUUGACGAUAAAUAUGUCACGGAGAAUGAUGAACUUUUAGUCAAGAAUUUUACAUUAUUAAAUAUUGCAUUAUCUUAUGAAUGGAUUAAUUUACUUUAUAAUUUGGGAUUAGGUUAUGAUUGGGAUUUUAAAGAUUUUACUAAUGAAAAUUUACUUGAUUUAUUGAGUCAUUUAAGUUACAGAGGACUAAGCAAUGUUUCAAUGAAAUUUAAUGAAAUUAAUGAACAAAGAACAAAUCUAGGUGCUCAUGACCACCAUCACUUAAAGACGUCAAGGUCAACUAGGAGUCAAAGGUCAGCCAGUCAUGAUAGAGUAAUAUUAGAUCGAAAACAAAGCAAUUUAGAAGUUUCAGGUACAACUAUAGGACACAACAUUUUUAAUGAUAAAGAUUUUAUAGUAAAGUCAUUAACUAAAUUAAAGCAAGAGAAUGUCCUAUUUGAUACUCAUGAAUAUUUUCAAUUAUUACAAGUCCAACAAAAGAGUCAAUCAAGGCCAAAACUUAUUUAUUCGCUUUCUGUUUGUUUACAUAAUCCUAACCCGAUCCAUGCUGCUCUUUAUACCAUUGGUGGAACGUCAUUAAUUCUACGAAUAUUAGAAGCUUCACUUGAAAUUCCAAAUUCAAAAGUUAGGGAUACUAUUUUCUAUAAAGCAUUAACAAUUUUAUUAACUGUGCUAUCUAAUAAUUGGAGAUUAUGUAAAGAAUUUGAGGAUUUUAAUGGAUAUGGAAUUUUAUCAAUUUUCUUAUCCAAAUUCAAACAACAAAAUAAACUGUUGACCUUUAAUUUGAUUUCUAAUACCAAGACAAACAACAACACCAACUACCAAGAAGAAAGUUUAUUGACUAUGCUAUUGAGUUUUUCGGGUUAUGACUUUAUAAAUCCAUAUGAAUCGAUCAUUAUAAACCCACUCGCGUACAGAUUAUUGAUUUUGAAUUUCAAUUUACAUUAUGGAAGUAAUUCAUUUGAAUAUUUAUUAUUCCAAUUACAAAUCCUAUUGGAUGGAUGCAGACAUAGAGAACAUAAUUGUACUGAGUUGCGAAAUAUGAAACUUCUUAGGAAAUUUAUCCAGUUUUUGAAAACCCUGACACUUGAUGAUCAUAAAUUAACUAAUUCUUUUAAAGAGCAAUUAACACAGACAUGGUCGAGUAUUAUUAGGUUAGAUUCAUCCGUGGAAUCAAUUAAAUCGAUAUCUACCUAUAUCACCUAUUCCCUAUACAAUACUGAUUGUUCUACUACAUGUGGUGAAAUUGUAUUACAAGUCUUGACUGAUAAUCUAUGUGAUCCAAAGACUUCCAUUAAAACAUUAAAGAAAUUCUCACGGUCAAUUACUAUCCAUUGGAUUCUCCUAUUAUUGAAAUUCAAGGAUUCGCAGACCGUCGUUGACUGUGGGAUUCGAUUAUUGACAAAGCUACUACGAAUAUUAGGUUCACCUAUCAUAAAACAAUUCUUCAUUACCAAUCACGGAUUAGAUAUCUUAACCCUGUUUAUCAAACCCUGGUGGGACAAUGACAUAAUCCUAUGCACGAUUUUCUUAGCUGCAUUCGGGAUUGAUACGGAACCAGUAAGUGCCGAAUAUCCAACACGGAGUAUUGAUCUCCCGGCAGUCAUAAAACGAAACAUGUCGGAGUUGAAUCUGUUAGUCAUGCCUGAGUUCUUGAUUUUAUUAAAUAAUAUGGUAUUAAACUCAAUGUAUAACCUAAAUCUUGAAUCUGGAAGAUUGUUAAGUAAUCCUCCAAGUCCAAUCCACCCCUCAGUAUCAAUGAAAAGAGACAUGACUUUGUCUUUGAAUGUAUUGCAUUUGGUGAAUGAAUAUUUGGAUUCGAUAAGUAUUGGAUUUGAAUCAUGUAAGGCAUUAAAGGUAAAUUAUCUAUCCAAGGAAUUUCUAGAAGGUAUAGUUGAAUUGUUGUCAUAUUUGCGACUUUCAGUAAAGUGGGAUGAUCACGAUAUUCAAGUGGCAAUGAAGACUAGUUUUGAUAAAUUAAUUAAAAUCUUGACUGAGUUUUAUAUUUCAAAUAUAUCGAAUGAUCAUUUCUUAGGUGGGUUUGAAAAUUUGAGUGAUUUCACAAAGAAAGUAUUGCUUGAUCUUAUCUUUCCCAAGAUUUUCGAACAUGUCAAUGAAUUUAUUACGGUUUCGAAAUUUGUGUUUAAUGAAAAGGUGUUUUAUACUAAUACUAUUAACUGUUUGCUAUGUUAUAAUGAUCAACUUUUAAAAUUGAAUUAUUUUGUGAAUGAAGCUGAUUUGGAUACAUUUAUUCUCUGUUCAAUUUUAGUUAUUGAAGCCGUGGCAAAUGUCAAAUAUGCACAAUUAGGAAGAUUGAAAACUGCACUUGGCGAAUGCAUUCAGUUGAAGUUUUUGAAAAUGACAGAUUUUAAUCUGUUAAGUUAUGGUGGAGCUGGAAAUUUAGAAAAAUCUUUAAAAGUAUUGCUUUACAGACAACUUGUGAUUCUCCAGAAGGAAAUUUUAAACAAUGACGGAUUAGCUAAUGUUAUCAAAAUAUUAUUGGGGACAGUAUUGACUUUGAAUAUGGAAAGAGAAGAAAUUGGUUUAGAUUUGCCUUUUAAUUUCAUCCGAACAUGUUAUUUAAUGCGACAAGAAGAUUUUUCGAAUGGCAUUAUUUCCAAAUUUACUAGUGAUAAGAUACUCCUUGAGGAGUUUUUCAAUAAUUUAGUAUCCAAGAAUGAUGUGGAAACAUUUGGAAGAUUGGAGAAAUAUCCACCCUUUUCGAGAAGUUUAAUCAAAGAAUCUCAUGUUGUUAUCCAAAAUAGUCUUCAAGCUGAACUGCAAAAGGUUAUCGAUAUGAUUUCAGUAGCUCUUCAUAACGGCGGAACAUUAGGAAAUAUGAAUAGUAUCUAUAUCAAAAGUUUUGAAAAAGAUUGUGAGCUGCUAAAGUCGCUGACGAUAAAUGGAGAAUUGCUUAAAUUCAAUCGAACAAUUCAGGAUAAUCAAGAAAAUGACCGGUUUUAUAUCUCGAGCUAUCAUUCAUUGAAGAUUGAAAUUAGUCGAUUAUAUGAAGAGGAAAAAGAGAACCAUUACGUCGUGGAUUACAUUGAAAAUUCAGACCGAAUGAGACGUCGUUUGAUUAUGGAAGACCAGUUGCCAGAGUCCGAAAAAUUGACAUAUAAUCUAGAUAUCCCUUUGAAAAAGAUUGACUUAUUUGAUAAUGAACUUGAAUACGACUUGCAUGAAUAUGAUUUCGCAAUUGCUGCUAGAGGGAUAGAUACAUUAAGCCUAUCAUCAAAUGAUACAACGUUUGAAUAUGAUGGCGAAGAUUCGUUUGAAGUUGUUGAAAGUAAUAAUUACGAACCUGCUGAUCAAGAUUUAGAAAUUGGAAAUAUGUACGAGGAUAAGAAUAGAAAAGUUCUUCGGAGCCUUUUUGUUGGAGAUCUGAUUGUUACAAUUUGGAAUAUUAGUCAAAUUAAUGGAUUGGUGCCUGUUGAAAGCUUGAUGAUUUUGGGUACCCAUCAUUUAUAUUUAAUUGAGAAUUAUUUCCAUUAUCAAGAUGGAACUGUCAUUGACGUCGAAGAAGCCCCGCCAGAGCUAAGAGAUCCAGUAUUACAAUUAGUGAAUUCACAGUCGAGCAGUCUUUUGAAAAAUGACAGCAAAUCGCACCGGAGAAAGAAUUGGAGUUUAGAUACUUUAAGUUGUAUUUCCAAAAGACAGUUUUUAUUACGAGAUAUUGCAAUAGAGAUGUUUUUCAGUGACGGUGCAAGCAUUUUAAUCACGUGUUUGACAACGAAGGAGAGAGAUUCGAUAUAUUCAAGGUUACAACAGUUUGCCACUGGAAAAGGAAUAGACCAUGAUCUCACACAAGCGUUGCAAGCUUCAUCAUCGCUGCCUACUCUUUUAAGUCCAACCAGUCCAUUAACAGGCACAUCGUUUUUAACUUCAAAGAUUGCCUCUGCAUUCUCCCAGGCACAAACCUCUCCUGGUGGGUUUAUUACAGCAACAAAGAAGUGGAAAAUGGGGGAGUUGUCAAAUUUCUACUAUUUGAUGAUUAUAAAUACAUUGGCAGGAAGAACGUUUAAUGACUUGACUCAAUAUCCUGUAUUCCCAUGGGUUAUCGCAGAUUAUACAAGUGAAACACUUGAUUUGUCCAAUCCUAAAACAUUCCGAGAUUUAUCUAAACCAAUGGGAGCACAGACUGAAAUAAGGGCCAAACAAUUUAGAGAAAGAUUUGAAGCUUUAGAUAGUUUACAGGAUCCAGAUGCCCCUGCAUUCCAUUAUGGGACCCAUUAUUCAUCAGCUAUGAUUGCAUCAUCAUUCUUGAUUAGGCUUAAACCAUAUGUCCAAUCAUAUUUGUUAUUGCAAGGCGGAAAAUUUGAUCAUGCCGAUCGAUUAUUUAAUUCUGUGGAAAAAGCCUGGUAUUCUUCGUCAAGGGAUAAUACCACUGAUGUUAGAGAAUUGACACCGGAAUUUUUCUACCUCCCUGAAUUCCUAGUAAAUGCCAACCAUUUUGAGUUUGGAAAAUUACAGAAUGGACAGUCGGUUAACGAUGUAAUACUUCCAAUUUGGGCAAAAGGUGAUCCGAAAAUAUUUAUCGCUAAGAAUAGAGAGGCACUAGAAAGUCCUUACGUAUCCGCAAAUUUGCAUUUAUGGAUUGAUUUAAUAUUCGGAUACAAACAGAGUGGGCCUGAAGCUGUCAAUGCUUUGAAUGUGUUCCAUCAUUUAUCUUAUAAUGGAGCUAUUAAUUUAGAUAAUAUUAAGGAUGAAAUGGAGAAGAAGGCAGUUAUAGGUAUGAUUAACAAUUUUGGACAAACACCGACUAAAGUGUUUACGAAGCCUCACCCAAGAAAAGAGGUGCUCAACUUGCCAAAUUACUACUUGACAUUAUUGGAGAAUAAUGCACUAACUGUUGUAUUUGAAUCGAAAAUGAAAUUACCCAUUUAUAAGUUAGAGAUGAGCUCCAAAAAUAAUGGUAAAUGGGUUGGACGACCCAGAUGUGUUUCUUGUGAAGAUGAUUUAUUGAUUCGGAAAGCUCAUAACUUCAAGUAUGAUAGCGGAUCAUUAAUGAUCAAUCAAACUCCAGUUUUAAAUAUUCAUCUGACCAACAUUACUAAUAUUCUUCAAAUUGGGCAUCGCUUAUUUUUGUCAGCCGCAGAAGAUGGAAUAAUUAAUGUUUGGAAAUGUGAAUUAAAACCACAUACUUCAUUAUUGUUGCAAGCAAUUUUACGGGGUCAUUUAUCUUCAGUGGUUCAACUUUGUUUCAGCAAGAGUUUCAAAUCAGGUGUAAGUUUAGAUCAAAAUGGAGUGGUUAUAAUCUGGGAUUUAGCUAGAUUUAGAUUUGUCAGAAAGAUAGUUCCGCCAAUUUCAGAAGCCAAAACUGCGCGGAUCACAAUAUCCAAUGACACAGGCAAUUUUGCAACAAUUCAUCGCAAAGAUGGUGUUACUAUAUUGAGGAUUUAUACAAUAAAUGGUGAUUUGGUUGUUACGAAAACCUUUAAUGAUAUUAAGCAUGACAUUGGAGUGAUUGGAUUUUCUUCCAUAAAUGAUCCACGGGUAGAUACAGGUAAAAGUCUGACUGUGAACCAUCAUAUCUAUUGGACAAACGAAAUUUUUGCCAUUGCCUUUGGGCAGUCUAUUGAACUUUGGGAGCUAGUAGUGAAUGAAAAUGGUUGGGCUUUGAAGAGUCUUGGAGGUGUUGUGAAUUUAGAAAAUCGUAUACAUGGCAGCAUUACUGCCUUUGAGUUGUUUAAAUGUUCAGAAGUUGAUGGUGAUAUUAAAUUAUCUAGAGGAUCUUUGAAGUUAAUCAUUGGUGAUUCUACAGGAACGGUGUAUAGCUUAUAG